AUGACGACGCCGCAAACCUCGGAUCUCGUCGCCGUGGAGUUUGCGCAGAUGUACCGCGAGCUCCGCGAGGCGCGCGCGGCGCUCGCGAAGAGAGACGCCGAGCUCGAAGACUCCAGGGCGAAACGAGCGAAGCUCGUCAGUGAGCUCGACGCCACGAGGGCGGAGUUCGAGGUUCUCCGGGCUUUACACCCCACUAAGAUCGACGGCGCCAUCGCGUGCGUGAUCUUCGCCCACCUGGAGGACCCGAAAGAUCGCGUCGCGCUCGCUGCGGUGAGUAAGGUGUUCAGGGACGCGGAGCAGUCCGACGCGUCGUUGCCCGGCUCAACUGAAGCGCUACGUGAGCUCGGUGACAAGUUUUGUAAAGACCACUACAUGAAGGCGUCGUAUUGGUUCCGUAAAGCGGCUGAUCGUGGCGACGCUGAUGCCAUGUUCAAAAUGGGAAGCUUCUACGCCGUCGAGUGCGGCGUGAUGACGGACCUUUCGACCGCGUGUGAGUGGUGGGAAAGGGCGUCCGGUUGUGGACAGCUCAACGCGACCUUCGAGCUCGCGGACUGCUGCGAGGCAGGCGUCGGCGUGGAGCGAAACGGCGCGAAGGCGCUCGAAUUGUAUCUCAAGGGGGCCGAGUUAGGCUGCAAGACGUGUCCGAUGCGGCUCGGGCGUAUCUACGAACACGGCGACUGCGGCGUGGCGGUGAACAAGACGGAGGCGCUGAAGUGGUACCGCGUCUCGGUGGAGCGCGGCGAUGACUACGCGGAACUAUGGGUGGUCAGACUCGAGGCCGAGCUCGCGGCGGCGUGA